AGCGUUUGCUGCUGCGCUGCCGCUCUUACAGCAGCGGCGGGCCGUCUUCUCAGCGCAAAAAUAACGCUCGUAGUUGAAAAAUGGCCCAAGGGACGAGCUAUAGACGACGCUCGUGAUCUGCAUCAGAUACAUCAUCAUCCUUCUUGGAACAUUAACUAUGGGCGGCGGUGAUCUGAACUUGAAGAAGUCGUGGCAUCCAUCGACGCUACGCAAUGUCGAAAGAGUGUGGAAGGCAGAACUGGUGCGCGACCAGGAGAAGGCGAAGAUCGAGCAAUUGCAAAAAGAGCUUCAAGAAGAGCGCGACAAGCAGGAAAUGCGCCAGUAUGCUGAAAAUAAAGGUGUUGUUAAAAAAAAACAGGAACGACUCGAUUGGAUGUACCAGGGAGUUGCUGGUCUGGUAGACAGGGAACAGUACCUCCUCGGUCGCAAGGUUGACAAAAACUUUGAAAUCAUGAAAAAAGAGGAGGACGGUGUGGAGGACAAAAACGAAGAUCAGCAACCCGGUUCUAUUUUCACCAUGGCACCUACUAAUGCUGCUGUGGACCUGGAAAACAAGAUACGAGAGGACCCAUUAUUUGCCAUCAAGAAACAGGAAAUGAAGACCAAAAAAACAUUGCUUAGCAAUCCUGUAAAAAUGAAACAUCUCAAAGAAAUGAUUGAACAAUCUAUAAAAGGCUCGAAAAAAGCCCACAAGAAGAAAAAAAAGAAAGAGCACAAAAAGCAUAAGAGGAGGUCACCCACUGUGUCCAGCAGUGGUGAAAGUACUGCAGAGGAACAUGACAAGCAUCACAGACACUCCAAAAUAGGUAAGAAGGACCUCAGAAUUGCCACUUCUGGUCGUAAAGGUGACAAAGAGCACAAUGUAUCAAGACACCAUUCAGAUGGAGUAUCAAGGCCGAAAAGAACUUCAUCACCUCAUGUCCACUCAUAUAGUGACAAAAGCAACACUAGAAGUGACGCCCAUUUACGUGGCCGAUAUGAGAAGAGUAAUAGCAGCCAGAGGAAAAGCUCACGCCACCAACCUGUUUCGACCAAAGAGAGAUCAAGGAGGCGACGUCACUCUAUAUCACCGAACUCCGAAAACCAUCACGAAGUAGCAAGCCAGCUUAAACGAUCUGUGAAGAGCAGUUCCCGAUCACACAGCAAGAGAAAGAGACAUGACUCAAGUAGCUCUGACAGCAGUGCAGAAGACCGCAAGAAUAGGGAUAACAGUCAGCGCCUCGGCAGUCCUGUCUUGGAGAGCAACCAUCACCAGCAUGAUAAAAGGUCGAAGCUUGGGGCCAUCCACCAUCAUGAAGUAGAGACCCAGCUUAAACGACCUGUGAAGAGCAGCUCCAGAUCACACAGCAAGAGGAAGAGGCACGACUCAAAUAGCUCAGACAGCAGUGCAGAAGAAGACCACAGGAAUAGUGAAAACAGUCAGCGCCUCGGCAGUCCAGUCUUGAAAAGCAAUGAUAAAAGGCCCAAGUUCGGUCUCAUUGUUCGAGGCAACCAGAGUCGCAAGAAAGAGCAGCAACCACCACCCGUGAAAGUGCAACCGAAGGAGCAUAAGCAGAACAAAACAGCACCCCAGGCUACCCAGAAGCGCAGACCUCUGAGUGAAGAAGAGAAAGCCACAGCUCGCAGAGAAAUGAUGAAGAAUGCCCAAGAGCAUGAUGAAAAGCGCAAAACUAUUGUCAAUCAAUAUCGGAAAAGUGAAGCUGCUGAAGAAAAGAACCACCACAAGAGCGUCGGGGGAGGUUUUAUCCGGCCCAUGCUGGCAAAGGCUGCAGACACUGGCAGCGUGGAGAACCGAAUCAAGCAAAAAAUGUACACUGUGCAGCGAACCAGCAGUGCCAUGGACGUCCAUUUUGCUAGAAAAUAAAUCACCCUGCACUAACAACUA